CAGCGUGUUUCGUUUUCCAUCGAAAUGGGUGCUAAAGUUAUAUGUUUGGUUUUAUUAUAUUUCGCGACUAACAGAGGUGAAAAUGCAGCGAGGAUUAACCACCCCCGGGUCUUGCUGCGUUUUGAAGAUAAGGCUAUUAACUUCACCCUGGAAGUCGACGAAUCAAACUGCUACAAGUGGACAUCUUCGCGGCAGGACCUGAUUUCUGUGAUGCCGGUUUACCUAGGCUUCAGCGAGUGUGCAUCUCAGGCAGUGAUAACAGUCCGGACCCACGACCGGCGCCGGAACACUGCAAUUAUCUUUGCCGAAGAGGUGCAGACGGGAGAGACUCUGCGUUCGGAAGUGAUUGUGGACGCAAUUUCCAGACUCAACGUGCGUACAGCUACCCGGCAGUUGUACCUGGAGGAGGCGCCCGCCAUGUUCGAGGUUCACGCCUUUGACGAUCAGGGCAAUGAGUUUUUCACUUUGGAAGGCAUUGAGUUUGACUGGAAAAUAUCGGAAUCUGGAACUAAUAAGCCUGCCGCAAUGCGCUAUUUAUCCUUCACGAACAGCCCUUACCACACAGUCCCACCCGCCUUAAAAAACUUUGAGGCUAAAGGCACCAAGGGGUAUAUGGUCCUGUUGGAGGGCAUUAAUACGGGUACCGCUAAGGUGACCAUCGUCAUGCCCCAGUCCGAGUACAGUCACGUGCAACCCAUCGAGGUCCAGAUCAGCGUACUGGCUAACAUUAUUAUAGAGCCCUCCGAGGUGACCAUCAUGGCAGGUGAUUCAGUCACGUUCCGCAUCUUGCAACUGAAAAUGGACCGAUUGCAUGCAAUUGACAGUAAGCAGUACUACUUGGAGGUCGAGAAUACUAAUGUGGCGUACUUGGACGGCAACAGUGCCACGGGAUCAACGAUGGGUCGCACCCAAGUAUUCUUGCGCGAUCGCAAUAUGGCAAAUACGGACCAAGCUACCAAACCUCCCAGUGCUCUGCUGACUGUGGCUGAGCCACACAGAUUGGGUAUCAGUCUACUUCCCCACCUUAACUGGGUCACUGUGCAAGGGGAGUAUCACGACGUGGCUUUGGACUUGUUUGCUGCUGACGGACAGAAGAUAACGCUGGGCACUCGCUACUCUAUUAGUUCAGAACUAGAUAAUUCCUUGUUCUCAAUCACACAGCGGACGCGCAACGGUAGCCACCUCUCCGGAGUGGCCAAGAAGGAGGGUGUCACCCAGGUCUAUGGUUCAUAUAUGGACCUAUCUGUGCAAGCCGAACUUCAGAUCUUUAAGGAACUUCAGCUGACGCCGUCUAAGGCAGUGCUGCCUUACGAUCCGAAUAGCAUAAAGUCGAUGAGCCUACAGUUCCACGCUACUGGAGGCGACAGCAAUUACGUAUGGUUCUCCGGCCACCCGCAGAUGCUGCGUGUAGAUGGUCAAGGCUUGGCCACUACGGAAAUCCGUGACGUUCGCCCUCCCUUCGUAGCGCAUGAGUUACUCGAGGAUGGUAAUACCAUGGCUGCCCAUACAACAGUCAAAGUGGCCCUGGCUAAAAACCAAAAGAUUUCUCGCCUGGCAAAAGUUUUCUUCCUGUCCCCCAAACGCCUCCAGAUAAAGCGUUAUAAUUUUGAGACCUCUCUUAGGGAUUUUAUUUACUUGCACGUAGCAGUUUAUGCGCGGAUGAACAACUCCGACGUGCCAUACACGAGCUGCGACAACCUUAACUUUCAGCUGGACUUCACCCAUCACAUUCUGCAGCAAGAGACUAACGGGGAGCUGGUAGAGCCCGUCCAAGACGCAUGUCAUGUGUUGAAGUUGCGAGCUACCGCCGUUGGCAGUUCAUCGUUGCGAGUUUGGUACAGUUUUCAAGACAAAGUUCUUGACGACACUGUCGACCUUUACGUAUUUGAGCCAAUGAGUAUACUGAAUCCCCACGAGAACGAGGUUGUGCUACCAGUGGGGUCAUCCCGUAAUGUUAUGUUUGUAAACGGACCACAGCGAAUUUUUACAUUGGAGGCAGAGCUCUCGAAGGCCACGGAUUUCGAUAGUAAGGUUGUCAAGGUUUCUGAAAUUCAGUUUAACACUCAAAACGCGAUCAGUGCUUUUACCGUACUAUGCCGCGAGCUUGGAGAAACCGAUUUUUCUUACCGUGUGCAUAACAUCCUAGCCAAGUCCAGCUUUGUCGCCUACCGAUCGGAAUUGACUAUAAAGGUUCAUUGCGUUCCACCUCGAUUUCUGAAGCUUUACGCUCGACAAAAGCUCCGUGAAUCUUGUCCCUUGGAGCAAAGCUCCGCGCUGCUGUAUUUGAAGGACCGUGAAAACAAGUUUGAAAUCGAGAUAGAGGUAGAGGACUCGUCAAAUCGGAGACUUAUGAACAUCAGCUCUCUUUGGCUAGACUGGGAGUUCGGCGCAGGAGAAGAGCUUUACCCUGACCAUAAAAUGUCCCACCGCCAAAUCGCAGAGUUGGAAGUCCAUCACGGUGUAAGCCUGCCCAGCCGUGACGUUCUCAUCCUGACGCUCAGCGAAGUGGCGCCUAACUUCCGCAUCAAAGGCACUGUCGCCAAUUACAACGAUAAGCUACUUAGACAGCAAGAUAUCUAUGCGGAGCAUCCCGCGUUCGGAGUGCAUAACUCCAAAACAGGAUCGAUGAGCACUCCUCUAAUCGAGAAUGAAGUGAGGUUCCAUACUGUGAACAGCACUUUACUGCCGAAGGACCACGUCAGUAUAUAUCUGGCUCCAGGCCACAUCGAACGCAUAUCCAUUGUCCAGGGCAGCGGUUACUUGCAACUGAAACUAUCUGAAUCGGGAAUUGUGCAGGUGGAAUUUGAUGAAAAGGCUCGCGUAUUGGCCCUGACGCCUUUACGUCUUGGGCACGUCCACCUAGAAUUAAUCGACAGCUGUUUGACAACUGAACCCAGUCACCUUUCAAUUUCAGUAGUGGGCUUAGGGGCUAUCCAAGUCACCAGCAUGGACCGACUUGAGCGCACAGCUCGCAUUGAAGGGAUCGUUCGACUAAUAGACACCAACGAUAAUCUCCUGCUCAUCGACCACAACAGACUUGGUGAUUACGAUCUAUCUGAAGUGGUCUUCGACCAGAGUGUACUGAGCGUGCGGUUGGGCGAUCAAGAAAACCUAGGACCCGGUGAGAUCCGCUAUACUUUGGUUGGCAACAGCGUUGGAGAGACCAAAGUUGUCUUUCAGUCUGGUAAAGGUGCUCUACAGGUGUCUAGCGAGCCGCUUAACGUUCAAGUUUUUGCGCCGAUCCGAAUCUUUCCCCGCGACUCAACACUCGUUGUGGGCAGCAGCAUUCAAAUCUUCUACCAGGGCGGGCCGCAGCCCAAUACCAACAUGGUCUACAGCGUGGAGAAAGAACAAGUUGCAACCAUUAACUCAGCUAUUGUGACUGCCCACCGGUUAGGAUCCAGCCGAAUUGUCGGAAAGUGUAUGCUAAGAAACCCAGUAACCGGAAUAGAAGAAGUGAUCUCCCAGGACACGGUUGAACUACGCGUGGUUGCUCUGAAAUUAGUCCAGAUACGCACUCCGCUGGUCCGUAUUCGCAGCGCCGCUGUAAUGCCCGCCACACUCUGGGGCCUGCCUGAUCUUUCUCCUAUGGUGCUGGGAACGUUAAAGAAUACAAAGAUUUUCUGGAGUGUAAGCAAUCCAGAAAUAGUAGAGAUAUUCAACGUCUUCACUGCAGCAGGCAUCGAGUAUCAAAGUGAGGAUUUAAUUUCUGUUCGAGUACGCGCAUUAAAUCCCGGCAAGGUCACAAUCACGGUGACCAUGAGUUUGGCGGACGGGACCAAGCUGCCAACAGCUAGCGUGGAGCUUAUUGUUUUCAAAACAUUGGAUCUGCUCGCUCCAAAACCAAUAAAAAUGGAUUCCAUUUUGGCAGCGCCGAAGAGCACACUUCAGCUGAAAACAAAUAUGGAGGACGCAGUCUUUACGCUGGAUGGACAGAAUAGUGGCAUUGUCAGCGUAACGAGAGAUGGUAUUGUGCAAACAAAGGACACCCUUGGUCGGGAUCUGAUAAUUGCCAAAACGGUGGAUCAAACGCUGCCCAUCGGCAUCGAAGUCAAAAAUAUUCAAUAUAUUUUGGUGACACUUAUGCCUCAUAUUAAGUUCAAAAAAGCCGUGCACUAUAUUCCACGGGGCAUGAAUUUCAUGUUUAAGGUAUCGCUUCACGACAAUUUAGGCAACGAGUUCUCCUACAACGUCGAAGAUAAUGGUAAUGAUGUGCGCUACGAAUUUGCUACCAAGGACGUGGUCGAUGCUCAGAUUGGCAAUAACUUAACAAUUGCUCUCAACCUGCAGCGAGAAACAAACAAUGUCAUUGCUAUUCGUCUGAGGGACCCGACGGGAGUAAAGUAUGCAGAGGACUAUAUCAAGCUGGCUGUGGUCGAUUCAGAGCAAAUAUACCCAACCAAGACUAUGUUCUCAGUGGGUGACAUAAUUUGCUUCGAUUCACCUCUGGCGUUGUCAUCGAUUUGGAGCAGUUCUCAUGAGCAAAUUGUGACAAUUGAUAAACAUUUAGGUAUUGCCCGCGUGCUAAACCAUCGACACAAGAUAGGCGAGAAAGUUAUCAUCACCAGCGGAGAAGAGUCCAAUCAGGGUGGAUUCGUAAAAUAUGAAAUGGAAAUUCGAGAAUCUGAUGCGAUCCUGUUUACCAAGUCCUUGGACAUAUUUAGCGGACCAGAGUACCGGGGACAGCUGGUCCUCCGUAAUCAUGUGCAGUCCGACAAGUACAGCAACCUGUUCGCCCAGAAUACCUCCAAAUGCGCAAACCAACUGGAAAAGGUGCCCGUCAAUGUUUUCAGUUGUCGCCUCAUUGCAAAAGAAGUUCUCGGACGCCAAUUACUGAAGCUUUAUAAAGUGAACGCCGCAUUUGAUGUUGUCGCUGGUCAAUAUAUAUGUAAACUGGAACUACUUUCCACAUUCACAGAGUUGUUGGCAAUUGUAAAAACCAACGAAGUCUACCUAGAGAUGGAGGCGGCAAUGCCAAGUGGAAUUACGGACACGAUGUCUUUAAAAUUAGUACCAGGUAUUAAAGUGACACCCGAAUCGUUGCGAGUAACCGACUUGAAGCCACAGGAAUUGCACAUCAGUGGUCUGGACAAGGCGCUGCACAGGGUUCAGGUCAAACCAUCCGACUCCACAUAUUUUGCUGUUGACUUUAUCGAGCAUGGACAUGGUAUCAGCAAAUAUCGUAUACGAUUUUUUGAAGAUUUUCCAUUCGAUCAACACUUUUAUGUAGUGGUCACAUCACCAGAAACGGAGCAGAGCAUUGAGGUGACCAUUGUUGGCAGCACAAUGUUGGCUCAAAAAUGUGCUGGACGUUCGUAUGGCGGACCUUUGAUGUAUAGGAUAUUAGAGAACUUGGGCUUUAUCCUUACAACAACGGUGAUUGUUAUCAUAUCAAUCUGGGUGUACAUGUCAUGCUUCCAAACGCAGGGCGUCACCCAAGUCAACUCCGAGGUAUUUCACAAAAACAAAUCUAUGCCGCAUUGUCAAAGAUUACCGCAUCACGAGGAAAAAUUUGACAAAUCUCAUUCGCGAAGCUAUUCACCUAGUCAUAAUUCGGAUUCCCUAACAGAGGCCUACAUAUACGGAUAUCCACGGCUAAACUCGCCAAACAGAUCAGGAAACUCUCCCCGUUUUAGUUAGUUUAUUUCCUUUUGUCUUGUAACUUUUUUCAACUAAGGAACUAUUUUUGCUGAGGAAGACACAAGAGAUAUAAUAAUUAUUUACUUAGAGGUUAUGUAAAUGAGUUACAACCACCUUUGUGCCGUCUUAGGGAUAGUUAUCAUUGUGUAGAUCAUAAGAAAAUAUAAGGAGUUUGUACUUGUAUGUUUAAAUUCAGCCAAAUGACUUGUACUGCAUUUAUAAGCAUAUUUCUUUAAAAA